CAGCCAGCGCUCAGCUCCCCGCACCGCCCCGCCCCCGCGCUCCGGACCUGGGCUGGCGGCGGUCAUCGGGCCGCACCUGGGCCACAUGGCUGAGGGGGACGCAGGGAGCGACCAGAGGCAGAAUGAGGAAAUUGAAGCAAUGGCUGCUAUAUAUGGCGAGGAAUGGUGUGUCAUUGAUGACAGUGCCAAAGUAUUUUGUAUUAGAAUUAGCGAUGACAUAGAUGACCCCAAGUGGACGCUUUGCUUGCAGGUGAUGCUACCUAAUGAAUAUCCGGGUACGGCUCCACCUACAUAUCAACUGAACGCUCCUUGGCUUAAAGGACAAGAACGUGCCGAUUUAUCAAAUAGCCUUGAGGAAAUAUAUAUACAGAAUAUUGGCGAAAGUAUUCUUUACCUGUGGGUGGAGAAAAUAAGAGAUGUGCUAAUACAAAAAUCUCAGACGACAGCACCAGGCCCAGAGGUAAAGAAGAAAACGGAAGAGAAAGAUGUUGAAUGUGAAGAUGAACUUACUUCAGCAAGUCAGCCAGGAAAUCCAGUUAAAGCACUGGAUUUUGAUAUCCGCGAAACUCGAACAGAAAUAGAAGAAAUACCUCCGAUUGAUCAUGGCAUUCCUAUUACGGACCGAAGAAGUACUUUUCAGGCCCACCUGGCACCAGUAGUUUGUUUCAAACAGGUGAAAAUGGUUCUUGGCAAAUUGUAUGAGAAUAAGAAAAUAGCUAGUGCCACCCACAACAUCUAUGCAUACAGAAUAUAUUGUGAGGAUAAACAGACCUUCUUACAGGACUGUGAGGAUGAUGGGGAAACAGCUGCUGGUGGUCGUCUUCUCCAUCUCAUGGAGAUUUUGAAUGUGAGGAAUGUCAUGGUGGUGGUGUCACGCUGGUAUGGAGGAAUUCUGCUAGGACCAGAUCGCUUUAAACAUAUCAACAACUGUGCCAGAAACAUACUAGUGGAGAGGAACUACACACAUUCCCCAGAAGAUUCAUCUAAGGCUUUGGGAAAGAACAAAAAAGUAAGAAAAGACAAGAAGAGGAGUGAACAUUAGUAGCUGAAACUAUAUGAAAGGUUAAUUUGUCUAUAACUAUAUACACAUUCCUCAGUCAUCAAGGAGUAUAUUGUGCAGAGAAAGGAUCCUUGACUGCUCAAGCCAGCUAAUUCAUUGUGGACACCAACAUUAUCUUUUCUUCUUUGGUUAUAUCAUCUACCAAAAAUAGAAAACUUUUGACAUAUUUAUGUAUGUUUCAGGCUGAUUCAGAAGAAUUAAUUUGAACUUAAUCACCACUUCAUUUAAUUUUAGGAAGGUAACAGUUGCCCAGGGCAGUACCUGAAUUAACUGUCCAUUUAAGUACGUGUCAAGUGCCUUUGUUAGGUGGGGAAGAAAUGUCUCUAGAGGAUUAUAAAUACAUGAUUUCUUAUCAUUGGGAUCCUCAUUUUGUUAGAUGAAUAUUGCUUUUACCCCUCUUUAUGGCUUAUUGGAAUAAGAGCUCAUUGAAGAUUGAUCUUGGAGAGUUUCUUCUUGUGAUUUUAGUUCAUAAGUAUGUCACCUUUCAUUUUAUAGUGUUCAUUACUGAAUAAUGGGUUAAGUGAAAAUUCAGGAAUAUCCAUCUGCAGUUCUGUGCCAAAGUGAUAAUUCAUCUAACAUAAGUGUUACACUACCAUUUCUGUCACAAAUUGGUGAUUGUGAAAUUUCAAAAAGUGAUUUUCUUGUUGCUACCAUUUUAUUUAAUUAUUGUAAUGUAAAGUAAUAAAUAUGGAGUGUGAGUAGGCUUUCCUUUGCCCUUAAAAUGUGUUGGUGUAAUAUGUGUUAUUUUUCAGCAACUAGAAAUUACCUUUCUUGUGAUCUUCAUCAAGGAAUUAGAACUAUGCUAGGAGCUAUGUUCUGGUUAAUGGGACAGUCAUAGAAUGGGAUAAAGCUGGAAGAACCACAUGGGGUAGGGCGAGAGUAUGUCAUAUAGUUAAAGAAAUGUGAUGCCCAUUUCCCACCAGCACUCUAGCCAAAUCACUUAAUUGGAAAAACAAAGAAAAUCCCUCUUUUUUCCUAAUCUUAUCACAUCUUCUUUGUUAUCAGUGUUUUAUGUUCCAAGUUACGUGAUUUACCUCUAGGCAGCUGGAUAAAUUUACCUUUGAGGUAUAUAACAAUAAGUCAUUAACUGUUCCUUUUCCAAUAUGACUGCAACCAUUUGCAGUCAUAUCUUGCCUAUAACUAUAUACAAAUUAUUGUUAUUAAUUAAUCACAGAUUUGCCAGAGUUUCCCUUGUAAAGACAACUUGGAAUGGUGCUGGAACAUGGAAAAAGCUUUGGAGAAAGUGGACACAGGGUUUUUUCUAUUCUCUGUUGUUUUACUUUUAAAAGAUCCCACAUCUUUUUUUUGAUAUAUUUAAUAAAAAUAUAGCAGAUAACUUUAGACUAGGAUGACUUUUGAGAAAUAAAGCUAAGUUUUAUUUGUUGUGUUUAAUGUUGGCAGGUACCAAGAUUCCAUGAAAAGCUAAGUAUGCCCUGUGUAUUAACUGUUGAAAUAAUUAUAGAAGUUAAAUACCACAAAUUAACAUUAAAAUAAUUGUACAAUUUUGGCAUGUCAAGUCUGUGAAAGAACAUAUAAAACAGGGAGAAUUUAAAAUGAAAUGUGAAUUUAUUUUUUGCAACACUGAAUUUGAUUUUUUCUUGCUAAAUGAAUGCAUUUAUUUAGGUCUUUAUAAAAAAAAAGCACAUUUAUCUGUGAUCUCAUUUUCCCAUAUUGAAAAAAUUAGUUUUCUUUCCUAAAAAAUUAUUAACCACAUUUCCUAACUAAUAAGCUAAUCUCCUUUUUUCCAAUGUCAUCUAGUUAGAAAAACCCAAAAUUCUCCAAUUCUGCAACCUGAGUUAUUUCAAACUCUGCUGUUAUGGACCCCUAAGUAAUGAUAGAGUCUUUUUUCUCUCUUUAAAUUUUAUCUUGAUUAGAGGAUUUUCAAGUUCUUCAAAUAAUUUUCUAUAGUCAGAUCUGUGCAGUAGCAUAUUUUAUAGUAUAUUGUACUAGUUAAAAAAAUACUCUCCAUAUGUAAGAACAAGUAACAUUUACUUUUAAAAUGGGUAUAUCAAUCUGAUUUGGAGGUAUGUAUCAUGAAACAGAAACUGAAAAGAAUUAUAUCAAAUUGAUUCCAUUCUAAGAAUAAUAGCAUAAAGAAGGUACUGUUUGGAGAGCAGGUGAAAUUUAUUGAGGAGAAUUGUAUUUUCACCUCAAAUUCCACUAUUUAGAGAUAAUCAUUAUUAACAUUUGGUAUGUACAUCCUUCUAUUUUUUUCCUGUGCAUGAUUUUGUAUAUAUGGCUAUUUUUUCCCACAAAAAUGGUAUUAAAUUGUAUAUACUGUUUUGUAUCCUGCAUAUUUCAUAUAGAAGUAUAUUGUUAACAUUUUCCCAUGUCAAUAAAUAUUCUUCUAUGGCUUAAUGUCUUAUGGCUACGUUAUAUUCUAUCCUCUGGGUAUCUCAUAAUAUACUAACUAGUCCUGACUUGUUUCCAAUUUUUAAGUUGUUUCUCUGAUUUUUUAAUAUUAUGAACAACUGAAACACUGUAUCACUAUAUGAAGACCUUUGCAUACAUCUCUAAUUGCUUUCUU